UAAAAAAGGAAAGUAAAUACAACUUUGAAUAUAAAAAUGGAAACUAAAAUUACCUGAUCCGAGAGGGAAAGAUCUCUAUAUAAACCUCACAACUCAAUUGGUUAACCCCAUAACUUGCAAAGCUUUCUUUUUGAGAUUCUUGAAACUUCAAAUUAAUAGCUCUCACAGUUUUUCUUGUUAAAUUUUAAUUAAGCCUUGUGCAUUAAUUGCCUUCUCUUCAAUUUCCCACCCAUGGAGAAAACAAAAUCAUCCCUUCAUUCUCCCACUAAUGGAGGUCUCACUACCAUUCUUAGUAUUGAUGGAGGUGGAAUAAGAGGGAUUAUCGAAGGAGUUUCACUCGAGUUCCUAGAGUCUGAGCUUCAGAGGCUUGAUGGUAAGCAUGUAAGGCUCGUAGAUUAUUUUGAUUGGGUUGCAGGGACGAGCACAGGUGGCCUUGUGACGCUCAUGCUUGCUACCCCAGAUGAAAAUAACCGUCCCUUGUUUGCUGCAAAAGAUAUCCUCCCUUUUUAUAUCAAACAUUGCCCUAAAAUCUUCCACCAACCUAGAUCUCUCAUCGGCAAAAUCAAACAUUGUUUGAAAGGUUUAGUAAGACCCAAAUAUAAUGGGAAGUAUUUCCACAAAUUGGUGAAGGAAAAACUAGGCGAUAAGCAUUUGCACGACACGUUGACUAAUGUUGUAAUCCCAACGGUUGAUAUAAAACCGCCACGUCCAGUUAUUUUCUCCAGCUAUGAGUUGAAAAGGCACCCAAGCCUAGAUGCUUUGCUUUCGGAUAUAUGCAUUGGAACUUCAGCAGCCCCACCCUACCUUCCGGCCCAUCAAUUUAGUUCCGCAACUUCAACAAGCAAGUCAAGAGAAUUCAAUCUCAUUGAUGGUGGAGUUGCUGCCAAUAACCCGGCUUCAAUUGCUAUAAAGGAAGCGGAAAAAGAAAUCCUCAGGAAGAACCCUGGGUGUGGAAAUGAAGAGUUGCAUAAGCGGAUUUUACUAAUAUCACUAGGGACUGGUAUAGCAAAUGAUGAGGAGGAGUACGACGCCAAAGAAGUAGCUCGUUGGGGUGCUUUCCAGUGGCUCAUCGGACCCCAUUGGUCGUCUCCAGUGGUGCAUAUGUGUAUCAAAGUAACUGGUGGCAUUCUUGAUUACCACACUCAAUGUGUUUUAGAACAUGUUCAGUCUCACGGCCAUUACCUCCGAAUUCAGGACGAUACACUAAGCGGAAGUUUGGCUUCUGUGGAUAUUGCCACCAAAAAAAACUUGAAUGAUCUUGUGAAAGUUGGAGAGGCAUUGUUGAAGAAACCGGUUUCCAGAUUGGAUUCCGAUACCAGUGAAACCGAGCCUCUUCCUCUUGAGACAAAUGCAGAGGCUCUCGUGAGGAUGGCGAAAAUUCUCUCUGAGGAGAGGGCUCGGAGGAUUCAGGAAGGAUAUCAUCCUCAGAGAAUUCAGGAAGGACACCAUCACAAAAAUAAUAGGUUGCUGCUCUCACAUAACCCCUUUGGGAAAUUUUUCAGUAAGUAUUUUAUGUCAAGGAUUUGUUACAUACUUUUAAUCUUGGCCAUUGGAUUGCAUUCAUUAAAAGUGUUGUGAUCUCUUAGAUGCAAUCCAACGGCUGAGAUUAAAAAAUAUGUAACUAAUCCUUAACUUAAAUACUUAUUGGAGAAUGCC